UCACUGGCCACAGGUCAGAAUCAAACGGAGACGAGUUUUUGAUCAACUGCGGAACGUUUACUGCGUUUCAUAAUCAAUACUUCUCUGCUGGCUGGCCAAACACCAAACUAAAACAGCUGGGAAAAUCAAACAACAACAGAGAAAAUAAAACCAAAUCAAAUGUCAAGUUCGGUAUAAAAAUAAUAAAAGAAAAUCCCAGGAAGUGAGGCAGUGAGACACAGUGGCUGCGAAAAAUUGUGCCCGCUAGCGCAGCAGCGAAAACCCGUGGCCAUUAAUUAGCGAUAGAAAGUUCUCCGAUUUCCGGGGUCAACAAGAUAUGGAGGAGACCGCCUCACCCGCCGCCUCCCCGGCCGCCGCCACAGCCGCUGGCUGUGAUGCUGCCGCCCGUGAAAAAACCCCAGACUCGCCAAUCUCCGCCAGCGGUUCCAGUGUCCGGCUGUUGAUUAAGUCAUCCAACCAACAGUACGAGGAUCUCAAUGUGGACUCCGAUCUCAGCUGGACGGUCCAGCGGCUGAAGAAGCAGCUGUCCCUGGUCUAUCCUGGCAAACCGAAAAUCCAAGAUCAAAAGCUGAUUUACUCCGGAAAACUAUUGGACGACUCUCAAAAGAUAUCGGAGGUGAUACGCAGCUAUAAAGAUGUCUACCAGCAGCACCACAUCUUUCAUUUGGUGUGUGCCACCAAGCAAGUAAUAACGCCACCAGCCAAAACAAUCCCUGUGCCGCCAAAGGAUGCAGUGUCGGUGCCGCAGGAUGCCAGCGGGAAUGCCAAUGAGCUGCGACAACGUCAUCCCACACAACAGCAAGCGACACAACAGGCCGGUGCUGCAUCUCCCAUGGCCGGUGACAUUGGUUCAGCCAAUCCCUGGGCGCUUUUCUGGCAACAAAAUCAGGCGGCAGCCGCUUUUGCUAGUGCCAAUGCCAAUCCUCAAGCGAUUUUCCAGCAGCAGGCGCUGAUGUACAACGCUUGGAUGCAGCAGGUCUACGCUCAGUACAUGCAGCAGUACGCACUUCGUUCUACGCUGCCUGGCUCGAACGGAUCUGUUUUGCCGCCGCUGCCUCAAGUUCCGCUGAUUGCUGCAAGAAAUUUCGCGGUUGCACAACCAGUGGCAGGAGCAGUUGCAGCCCCACCGGCACAGGCUCCACCUGCCCCUCAGAUAAAUGGGGCACCACUUAACCGACCAAAUUUCCCCAACAUCCAAGAGGAACCCGAAAUGCGCGACUGGUUGGACAGUUUCUUUAGCUUUACACGAUUGGCAAUUUUCGUGACUGUUCUGUACUUUAACUCCUCGCCGAUGCGUUGCUUGCUGGUGGUGCUUAUCGCAGGAGCGAUUUAUCUGUACCACAUUGGUGUCCUCCGUCGUCGCCGUGAACGUAACAAUAACAACAUCAACCGUAAUAAUAACGCUGACGAUGCGGCCGCCUUUGCUGCAGUGCAGCAAAUUCAGCGAAUGAUGGAUGCCGCUGUGGAGCGGGAGAAUAACGAUCCCCAGGCGGCCAACGAGCCUGGUGCAGUGCCAGCAGCAGGUCCUGCUGAUGCUGCUGCUGCUGCUGCCGGACAGGAUGCAGUCGAUGCACCCGCUGCUGCUGCUCCUCCUGCGGCUGCUGCUCCCGUACCAGCAUCCGCUGCUAAUCCGGACGCGGCUGAUCUUUCCGCUGAAGCCGUUGCCGUUGAACCACCAAAUGCCAAUAACUCUGUGAUUUCCGUUGUGCGCACCUUUGUCAUCACCUUUUUUACAUCGCUGUUGCCCGAGGCGCCGGCGCUGUAGAGGAUUGAUCCUUGGGAUCUGCAGUGGAGCCCGGUGGGUCAUCCGCUAACCAGCUUUACGGCUUUCCUCUUUCUAACCACCCCUAAUCAAAAUGUUAUUCCGUUUUCCUUUGGGUUUUGCAUACCUGAAAAUGUAGCAAAAACACACUUUUGUUUUAUUAGCUGUAAUAAUUAUGUUUAUUUAUUUUUCGUGCAUGAGACGAGCUACGAUUUCGUGGCCGCUGCUCCAGUAGAUCGUAGAAUCUUAGAUAACUAAGAAAGAAAACAGUUUUUGAUGUGAAUAGUAAAAUGAUUACAAUCUGCACUCAAUUCAGUGCCAGAGACGAACCUAUGAAACCAAGAUGCAAUUAAUAAUAAAUCAUAUGCUUUAACACCAAAAAA